GGGCCGCACUUCACGGCAACGCCACCACUCGUCGGCCUCUUGUAACACAAAUCGUCAGACGAGAAAGUCGCAUUUUGUGUGCUGCUUACGUUUCGUGUCGGAAAAAGGACUUAAAAAAUGCGUUACGUGGCUGCAUACCUGCUCGCCGUGCUGGGCGGCAAGGAGAACCCCACCACCGGAGACCUGGAGAAGAUCCUCAGCUCCGUGGGCGUCGAAGUGGACGCUGAGCGCGUGAAGAAAGUCGUCGGCGAACUCAACGGGAAGAACGUUGAGGAGUUGAUCGCUGAAGGACGCGAGAAGCUCUCUUCGAUGCCAGUGGGUGGCGGAGCCGCCGCUGCUGCCGCAGCCCCAGCCGCUGCAGCUCCAGCAGCCGCCGCUGAGGAGAAGAAAGAGGAGAAGAAGAAGGAAGAAUCCGAGUCUGAGGACGACGACAUGGGCUUUGGUCUCUUUGAGUAAAGCCGAUUCCGGGAAUGUACAAAAGCCUCUUUUGUAUAAUCAGGUCAACAGACUUUUAAGAUUUAUUUCCGUGAAAUAAAUGGAAAAGAUCCCAAAAA